AUGCAUUCCGCGAGUUCUAGCAACAGAUCACCCCCUCAGUCUCGCUCUGGCUCGCCAUGGUAUUCCAGGUUCCCCUGUAUCGACCCGGCGGAUGACUAUUCUCAAAACUGGCCCCCACAAAUGCUUAGAAUUACCGAUCCCGAGAUUUGGCGUCUCGUGGUUCUCCCUAAAAUUGGCCGCAGCCCAUUGGAUCCCUCUGAUGUCCGGCAAAACGAGCGCAUAGAGUACCUCGGACAUGGUAUUUUAACGGCGCUUGUCAGUGACUUUCUAUACUUCGAAUUUAUUGAAUACACCGAGAGUGGUUUAUUGGCAAUGCGGGAAGCUCUCCUUGAUUCUGUCGUUCUCUCCAACGUUUGUCAACGCAUUGACCUCCCACAAUGUCUUCCAACUGCUCCUGCAGACCGUUAUUCAGACGAACAACCCCUCGCUUUGCUUUUCGAAGCAUAUAUUGGGGGCUUAUAUCAUAACCGUGGGGCGGAGGGCUACUCAAGUCUCAGAGACUGGUUCUACUUUUUGAUUAAGCCCUACGCCAUGAUGUGUAAGAACAACUAUGACCAAUACAUCGACUCCCACCGGGAUAGCCGAAAUGCCCAAUUCGCCUCUCCUUCUCGACGUGGGGGAUAUAGUUCGUCCGGAUAUCCUGGCUACGGACUUGCGGAUCCAUAUAUGAUCGCUCGUCCUGGGACUGCAGCCCCUGACUUUGGGGCGUAUGGUACAUCUCACGGCGCUGGCCGAGGCGCGGGUGAUUACAUCCAGGAACUGAAAGAAUUCUGCGAAAAGAGACGCUGGGCCCAACCAGUAUACUUAGAUACAGACAAUCAGAAAAACGGCGAUUUCAUUGAAUGGUUCAGUUCCGUCAGCAUCGAUGGGGGGUUCAUAGCAGAGUCCCCGGAUUGGGCUAAGUCAAAGAAGAUGGCUAGGGCUACAGCUAGCAAGAUGGCUUUGAAUAAACUAAGAAACCUCUAA